UUUUUUAAGAAACUCAGUUAAUAUGACAGCAGAAGAGAACUUGACAGGUGGAGAAGGUCAAGCAGUGAGUGUAAUACUGACAGAGGAACAGAAACAGUUUUUAGCUGCAUGUGAAGCUGAAUUUGCUGAUCGCUAUACAGACACUGAUCAGGAGUUUGUUCAGUACAAAGACAGAGUGUCUACCCCACCUAUUGUUGAUCCAUGGUAUAAUAAACCUAGGCGUAAUUUUGAUUGGUCUGCUCGAGGCAAACGUCAUCAGAACUGGGGCUCACGGAAUGACAGAGGACAUAAUCAGGGUGGUGAUGGUGGUUGUUAUCGCCAGGCUGAUCGUUUCUAUGGUCACCGUUAUCGAGCUUACUGAUGCAAUGAGGUGUUUAUAUUUGUAUACACUUAAAUUUAUACAUUAUUAUAUGACUGGACUGAACAUAAAAAUGGAUAAAUAAAAGGUUGAUUUCAAUUAAU